AUGGGUGGCUUAUGGGAGGUCGUGGGUGGAUCCGAGAAGGGCGGCGUGCUGGUGCGAACGGCCGACGAUUCCAACAUCGGGCGUUUGAGCACAGGUGCCCUCUUAGAGGAGCUUGGCCGGGAGGAGCAAGGUCUACGUUUCCGGCGACUCUACGGCCUGGGACCUGUUGAGGGCUGGAUACAGCUGAAGGAGGCGGAACUGGAACGCCCCAGCAAGCUUUGGCAAGUGCUGGGCGGCCGCAGCAAGGGUGGCAUCGUGGUACGCCAGGGCUGCGAGACCUCCUCUCCCUUGCUGGCCGAGAGGCUCAGCACGGGCGCCCUCGUGCGGGAACUUGAGCUGAAGGAGCAACGCUUACGCUUCUUGCGCUUGACUGGCACAGGGCCCGAAACGGGCUGGGCUAGUAUCCGCCUGCAGGAUGGCCAGCCGCUCUUGGAACCACUGGAUUUCUCGCAGACGGCAGAGGCCGAAAGGAAGUCUGUCUACGAUGGCAUCGAGUUGGACCUGAACACACGCAACGAGGAGAAGAACUUCUCCUAUGAUGGUCUGGGUUCUUGGGUGCCUUGGGUCGCCGCCGUGGCACGCCUUUGGCGCCAGCAGAAGCCCUUCCUGCCCACGAGGCUGCCGGAGUCUCAACGGCGGGAGCAAAAGAAGCUGCCGCCGCACAGGACGUUGAAUGGUCGGCAGUUGGAGGAGAUGACCAAACAGCGACUGCCAGGCUGCCUCUAUGGCCUCACCUUCCCUCAGUCCUCAGAGGAGAUGGCCUCUGAAGCCUUUGGCGCUGAGUGGCUGACCAAGGCGUUCCACUGCGCUGGCACCUUGCCCAAAGACAACCGUGUGGUGAAGAUCCUCAGGGCGGAGGAGCUGCCAGUGAAGGGCUUCGAUGCUGCUGGAGGAGCCGCCAUGAAGAUGAUCCUCAGCGUAGAAUAUGCGAAGCCGGACGCGGAACUUCACACCGAGCUCUUCUGCAAGUAUCCGUAUUCCAUGGAGCAGUACCCCUUGGAGCGCAAGCAGUUGUCCAGCUAUGGCGAUGUCGAUGGACCCGAGAUCUUGGUGCAGAUGUGUUUGACGCAGUUGUUCCCAUUUCGCACAGCGAAGUUCUACUUCGGAGAGGUGGAUCGAGAAACCACCAACUUCAUCCUCAUCUCAGAGAAGAUUGAGUUCAGCCGCCGCGGAAGAGUGGAGAAUGGCAAAAUUGUCGAAGAGAUCGACUACAAGCCCUACCAGGUGCUGCCGGUGUGCGGGAAGUAUCAGGACUGGCUCUUGCCCAACCCGGCCGAGUACUACUGCUGCCUCUUCCGCGCGAUGGGGCGCUUGGCCGCCUGGGACAAGCAAGGUCGCUACGACGAGUACUUCGGCCCUUUGGACCGGCUGCAGCUCUUGCGGCUCAGCGCCCAGCGCCGGGCGCCCUUGAAGCGUGCGCAGCUGGCCAGCCAGCGGAGCUCGAUCGCGCGCAUCCUGGACACGGCCAUCGACUUCUUGACGAAUGUGGUGCCCAGCAUGGUGCCGGCUUGGCUGCUGGAAGGAGGACGGUUGAUGAAGAUUAAGGACGAGAUCCUGGAGAUGUUUCAUCAUUUCCCUGCGAUGUCGGGGCAGUUCCAGAUCAACAAUCCGGACUACAUCUCGGCGAUGCACGCCAAUUUGCAGAUAAUGCGUUUUUUCUGGCGGGAUGAGUAUGGCAAUUUGGAUUGUGGAGUAUUGGACUGGGGCGGCUUCAGCCGAACCCCGUUUUGCAUGAACUUCAUGGGUUGCCUUUCCGGAGCUGAUCCCGAGGUCAUGAUGGCCCACGAGGAAGGCAUCAUCCGCUGCUUCCGCGACGAGUAUGAGCGCUGCGGGGGUCCCGCUUUGCCCGUGGAGGAGAUGAUCUACCGAUAUCAUCUUGGCUAUAUCACCUUCGUCUACGAAAGCACCACAUGGCUUGAUCGGGAGAUCUACAAGUUGUCAAGCCAGGAGACCAACCUCACCCUCAUAAUCCUCCGGCAAGGGUCAGCUGGUGAGCAAAGAGGAGAUGAAGAGCUGGGAUGGCAUUUUGGAUCAUCGCUUUCAGGACAACUUCCGUGUGAGGUGUCGGUCGGCGACGAUCAUCAACACCUUUACCUUCUACGCGAUGAAGGGUGA